AUGAAAAAAGACGUUGAGGACUCCGCCCUAGAACUACCUACAGAAGAGUUCAUCUCAACAGACAAAUACGGGAUAUCAACCGAUAAGAACACCCCAGACGUCUCUUCGGAAGAACAUAUCACCGAAUCCAAAGAUGUGCAAUCGCAAGAAGUGAUUGAGAAGGGGGUUAUGGAAACCUCCAUCGUCGAAAGAGCAAAUCGCACAGCCGAGGAACUAUUUCCAAACAUCAACAAGAAGAAACUGCUAUUGAAAUUGGACCUCAACAUCAUCCCCAUCCUGGCUAUCCUCUACCUGCUCUCUUUCCUGGACAGAGGUAAUGUUGGAAAUGCCAACAUUGAAGGUCUCUCUGUUGACCUCAACCUCAAAGGAAACGAGUACAAUAUGUGUCUAACAGUCUUCUUUUUCACCUAUUCUGCUUUUGAAGUGCCCUCAAACAUGAUUCUCAAAAAACUACGCCCAUCCAUCUGGCUACCGGCUAUCAUGGUCUGCUGGGGGGUUGUCAUGACCCUCAUGGGUUUAGUCAAGAAUUACCACGGACUUUUGGUGUGUCGAAUCUUCCUGGGGUUCACGGAAGCCGGACUAUAUCCCGGAGUAACGUAUUACUUGACACUCUGGUACUGUCGGUCUGAAAUCCAGUUCAGACAAGCCAUGUUCUUCUCGGCGGCUUCGGUCGCAGGUGCCUUCUCAGGACUGCUAGCUUUUGCAAUUGGUAAAAUGAGAGGAGUGGCAGGCCUCUACGGCUGGCAGUGGAUCUUCAUUCUGGAGGGAAUCGCCACCGUUGUCGUUGCCCUUGUGGCAUUCUUCUUCGUCCACGACUUUCCAGAAACUGCGAGGUUCCUGACAGAAGAGGAAAGAGAGUAUGUCAUGUGGAGACUCAAGUACGACGGAAAUGAAGCCAAUUCAGGCGAACUAGUCGAGCAAAACGACGCCAGAGAUUGGAAAUACGUAAGAGCAGCCUUCACAGAUAUCCAGGUCUACGUCCACAUCUUACUCUACUUUGGAAUUGUGGUACCCCUCUACGGCAUCUCCCUAUUCUUGCCGAGUAUCAUCAACGGCUUGGGGUUCACAUCUGCUAUUGCCCAACUGCUAACUAUUCCAAUAUACGCGGUGGCAGCUAUAGCAUCCGUAACUCAGGCUUGGUUCUCAGAUAGAUACGGUAAACGAUCUCCGUUCGUUGUGGUCAACUUGCUGCUCAUGUUACUCGGCUAUCUUCUGGCUUACAACCUAUCCCAUUCAAGCCCUCCAGGUGUCUACGUAGGAUGUUACCUCAUUGCCCUGGGCCUCUAUCCUGCCUUUCCAGCCAUCGUCUCUUGGAUGGCCAAUAAUGUGGCAGGCACCUAUAAGAGAGCAGUUGCCAUGGCAUUGCAGAUCGGUAUAGGUAACCUGGCGGGAGCCAUAGCUUCCAACAUUUACAGAUCCAAAGAUAAGCCCGAAUACAGACUGGGUCACGGCAUGGAAAUCAUGUUUGUGUGUAUUGGCUUAGCAGCCUUGGGAGUCCUCAAUUACGGCUACCACUCUGCCAACAAGAAGAAGGCAGAGAAGUUGGCAGCGGGUGUAUACGACAACAUUAGUGGCAAGGAGCUCUCUGAGAUGGGCGAUAGGAGUCCUUACUUCAAGUAUAGGCAUUAG